UGGUUUUCAGAAGAGUUUAGUAGUUUGGUAGAAAUACUGUGAUUACUGUAAAACUACUGUGAAUUUACUGCAAACCAUUUCCUGUCAAAGUACAAUAAUAUGUUUUACAGUGCAUACACAGUUAAUAAUCAUUGUUAAUGUGCAUUAGUGAGUCUGCUUCCACUUUACUCUCUACGGGCUGUUGCAUCAUGUGUUUCCAGCCUCCACAUGGUCACAGAUUACAGUUACAGGCAGCGCUACAAGAUACUACAAGCUGCUGCUGCUGCUCUACCAUUGGCUCCUGGGCAUCGGAAGGCCGUGUGUCAGCGUCAUCUGAACAAAAGAUAGAGGGACCCAGAGAGGCAUCCAGCCAUCCGGAGAGGAGGCAGACAAGACGCGCAGCACCACACGGGCAGCAUGCUGCUGGAGAGAAGCCGGGAAGAAGAGCAGUGGUUAUUUUAAUAUUCCUGCAGCCGUGAUCUGGUCCACGUCAUAUUCUCUGAUGAUAUUUCACGCGUCAAAGCGGCAUCACAAAGUAACCGAAUGAGGAAACCGCUCGUUCCUGCGCGCCCUCGCUUCCUGCCUCGCCCCUAGUCUCGCUCAUCAGCCGGUGAGAAGGAAACAAAAAGAAACUACCCACACGUGCAUCAUGGUUGCCGGUGAGCUCGUGCAGGAGCACAUGCCACCUGACGGCAUCACGAUCGCGAGGAAGUCUCCCGAGCUGCGCGGAGCGAGCGAGCGAUGCGCGGACGCGACAUACGCAGCGGCGCCGACGGCGACGACGCGCGGCGAGACGGACACCGAGCGAGAGCUGGAGCAGGAGAAGGAGGUGCCGGCGGAUGAGAGAGAGGCGAUGCUGCCCAACGGAGGAGGAGGAGGAGGAGAGGUGGGGGAGAAGAGGCUGGAGACCAGGCUGUACGGGCGCCGGUUCGCCGUGCUGGCGGUGUUCAGCCUGUACUCCCUGCUGAACGCCUUCCAGUGGAUCCAGUACAGCAUCAUCGCCAACGUGUUCACCCAGUACUACGGCGUGACUAACGACAAGGUGGACUGGCUCUCCAUCGUCUACAUGGUCGCCUAUGUGCCGCUCAUCUUCCCGGCCACCUGGCUGCUGGACCGUAAAGGUCUGCGGCUGACGUCCCUGCUGGGCGCCGGCCUCAACUGCGCCGGCGCCUGGCUCAAGUGCGCCAGCGUGAGCCCCGAGCUGUUCGGAGUCACCGUCACCGCGCAGGUCGUCUGCUCCGUGGCGCAGGUGUUCAUCCUCGGCCUGCCGUCACGCAUAGCCUCGGUGUGGUUCGGUCCCCGGGAGGUUUCCACGGCGUGCGCCACAGCUGUGCUCGGGAACCAGUUGGGAACAGCCAUCGGCUUCCUGUUGCCUCCAGUUUUGGUCCCCAACACUCCUGAUGACGUUGAACUGACGGGCCACAACAUCAGCAUCAUGUUCUACGGCACCGCCGCCGUCUCCACGGUCCUCUUCAUCCUCACGGUUAUAGUCAUAAAGGACCGGCCUUCCCUCCCUCCCAGUCAGGCCCAGGCUGUCCUUCCAGACUCCCCGCCUGAGGAUUACUCCUACAGACAGUCCAUCGUCAACCUGAUCAAGAACAAAGCGUUUGUCCUCCUGCUCGUCAGCUACGGUAUAAUGACGGGAUCCUUCUACUCCGUCUCAACGCUGCUCAACCAGAUGAUCAUGGCCUGCUAUGAGAACCAGGAGCUGAAUGCCGGGAGAAUCGGCUUGACUCUGGUCGUCGCCGGAAUGGUCGGCUCCAUCCUCUGCGGCCUGUGGUUGGACCACACAAAGACAUACAAGAUGACGACUCUGAUCGUGUACGGCCUGUCGUUUCUGGGCAUGGUGGUCUUCACCUUCACUCUGAACCUGGACAACAUCUACCUGGUCUUCUUCACUGCUGGAGUCCUGGGGUUCUUCAUGACGGGUUACCUCCCUCUGGGCUUUGAGUUUGGAGUGGAGAUCACGUACCCGGAGUCAGAGGGAACGUCGUCAGGACUCCUCAAUGCUUUUGCUCAGAUAUUUGGGAUCAUUUUCACUCUGAUUCAGGGUAAACUGACGACAGACUACAAACCGCUGGCUGGAAAUCUUUUCCUCUGCGCCUGGAUCUUCCUGGGAAUACUGCUCACUGCCUUGAUUAAGUCAGAACUCAAACGACACAACGUCAACAUGGGAUUAGACAGCAACCACCUGCAGGCAAUUCCGACUGAAUGUCCUGGGGACUGCCCUUCAGAAACCAAGUCCAACGGCGUCAAGCUGGAGCACUCGAUCAGCUUCUCCCCUGAAACCUCGCUGUAACCCUGUCAAGUCACUGGAUCGUAGGACGGGUAAAGAAGGUCAGCUGUCCUGGGAUACGUGUUGGCACCAUCUUCCAUGUGAAGUACCUAGAGGUGCACUUGUUUUGUUUUUUUCUUUUGCCAAGAAUAAUCUCCUCGAUAAUUGGAAAGCUGGAGGUUCUGGAUGUGAGCCAGGUCUAAUCAAGCACAGCCACAAUCUGCAGUGGAUUCAAGCCAGGCGCGUGACCGACAAGUUGGUCAACGUUCGUCCCAAGAUGUUUGACUCCCACAGGUGCACCGAGGUGCCUCGUGCUCCAGAACACCUGCACAGAAGAAGCAUUGACAGAACUGUCGACGGUCGUACGUAUGCAGUAACACGCAGAAGAAGCUCCACUGCACUUUAUUUGUAUUGUGAAGCGUGGCGCUUCUUUAGAUCAUCGUCAAAACAAAAGCAGGUGACGGUUUUUGGAGCCUCGGGGUGUCUAAGAACUGAGAAGAAGCAUUGUGUUCGGUUAUGUACUGCAGCCACUGCUGCCUGCACAGCGCCAACAUUUCCUGAGUUUACUUGAAUUAUCCUUUCAUGCUCUGGACCGAAGUUGUACAACACACUGUAAAAGUUGUUAAUGUUGCUUCAUUUGAUCUCUUCUUUACAAACGACACUGGUUAUGUUAGUUUGCAUCUGAAAGCUGUUUUUAGGACGAAGGAUAGUCAACGUAAAUCAUGUUUAUUUUCCUAAAAUGCUGCAUGCAUUCUGUUCGAGACGACAAAACCCGACUGAUAUAUUGGUCAGCCGGUAUUGGCACAUCGCAAACAUAUCGGUACGCGAUAUGAAAACUGUUAUUUAAUGCAGAAAAAAUGCUUGUGGUAAGUAGGAAUGUAACGAUACACUCAACUCACGACUCGAUUCGAGUCACGAUUUUUUGUUCACGAUACGAUUCUUAAUCGUGUCACGAUGCAUCGUUACAUCCCUGGACUGCUACUUAUAAUUCUGUGGAAAGGACCACAGAGUAAGAGAGAGGAAGCAGCUCUCAGCAGUGUCAACAAGAAACAGUUGACAGUGUAUAUAUAUUAAAUUAUUUAACAUGUUAAAGAAUAUUUACUUAAAUGUUCUUUACUAAAGUUAUUUCUUUUUGGAAAGCAACUCUUCGGAGUACCUCGAUAAAGUGAAUCGGUGCACAGUCCACGAAGAAAAGCUAAAACAAUCUGUGAACCUUUCCCCUCUAAAAUCAGUAUCCGUCUUAAAAAGUCACAUUGCAGUCGGUCCGAGACGCAGCUGCAAAUAAUGCAUGGUUUGUUUUAGUCCACAUAAUAACGGACUGACUUAAGUCCGACGAGGCAGCGUGUGGUGGUGCCUAGAGAAAUGGGAAUAUUCUUUGCAGCCCCUUCAGCACAGGGUGAACACCUUGUGUUAUAAACAGCCAGAAAAUGCGUCGGCAGUAUUUGCACAUUGUCACGUAACUUCUGUUUGCUCGACUCCUGGAUCAUUAUGACAUCAACCUUACACAGAAGCAGAACUCACUCAACCACAGACAGUGAGACAGCUACACAGAACGCUACUGAAUGAUGCAUCAUAGAGGAUUUAGAAGGGGGUAUUCCUGACUUGCUUUUAUUUGCAGCCUCUUCUUAUUUUUUCUUUUGUGUUGCCGGGAUCCAUAAAUGGUUGGAGUUCUUCCAUUGCGACUGAAUGCGGCGGCAGCAAAAACAAACACACAAAAAAUGAUUGAAGCAAAAGACUAAAAACUUUUUGAGGUGCAGUUGCGCAUCCCUGAGAUUUUUCCCUCUUUUCCUUCACGUCACUUAACCACCACAACCGGACAAAGGUGGUGGUGGAGUGAAGGGCAGUAGAGGAUAUUAGGAACUGUUUUUAUUCCAAGUAAUAUAUUGUUCUUAUGAUUCAUGUGACUGUCAUAGUAAACAAUGAGUCAUUCUCAAAGAUGUUGGCUCUUUGUGUAAAGUCAUAUUUAUUUAGUCAUUUCUUUACCCAUCGCUAUUUCUGUUAAAUCCUAGCCCAAAGUUAAAGAUGGCUAGAUAGAUAGAUAGAUAGAUAGAUAGAUAGAUAGAUAGAUAGAUUACAAAGACUUGACAACACAACUGUGCUGCAGUGUUUUCCUACACAAACCACAGUGGACCAAACAGAAUGUGAACAUGUUCUGACUUCUGUGCACAAAGCAAAAACACACGCACAACUUCAACAAGUUUUAUACUGAAAAUACAUGACUUCAAAAGUGUUUUUCAAUGUUGGACUCCCGUCCGUUACUGCACAGAGAAUCUGCAUGUCUGAGGCAGAGCGGGCCGGAGAAGCACAAACGUGUUCGAUGUUAAGUUAUUUUCAUUUAAUUUAUGUCGUAAAAAUGUGUUGACCUGUAUGACUUCUGCUUUUUGUAGAUUUCUUUACCCGUUUAUAACUCGAAGUAUACUUUUUUUUUUUACUUAAGUGUGAAUGAAUGUUGCCAACUUUAACAGUUUCCGAAUAGAAAAUGUGUAUUUAGCUCACCGAGGUGUAACACGCUGCCUGCGCAUGAUGUAUUUUUAAAUUGUUUACCUGACGUUCAUGUGCAAGAACAGAUUUUGUUUGGCUUAAAUUUAAAUUUUAAAAAAAGGUAAAUCCUUGUACAAACUGGACAUGGUUUGAUUUUUUUUCUUCCACUAUAAAAUGGCACAUUAUCAACUUCACCCCUACAAGCUUCACACCACUGUCUGCAAGACUUUUCUGACUAAUCUACUAAUCCGAGUAAUUCUGACUAAUAUUAUGUUAUUCUCUGGACUUUUCAACAUUUCAAAAUGAAUCAUUAAAGGAACUGCUCAUUGCAUUUGGAAAUUACUACAAGUUGCCACACAAGGCCUGUGUGAGAAUAUUAAAAUCAAUACACAGGCGUUUUACUUUUACCCUUUCUGAAUAUACUUUAACAUAACGUUGCAGGCUAUUUUCAAACCCUUGAAAGUUUUUCUCUGUUUUCUCGUUCUUGGCAGUUCAACAUCUAACAUCUCUCUCUUAUUUUUGUAACUUUUAUAGAAGACUAAAGUCUUGAUAUAUACGGUCAUAUAAUUUAUUCAUUCUGUCAAGUUAGACUAUUUAAUCGUCUCUGUGAAUAAAUUCUUGGCAAAUUGCACUGAGUGAGAUUCUGAAAGGGUUAAUAACACAUGGUCCUCUGGAUGGAAAAUUACUGAGAAUUUAACUUGUCUGGUGCAACCUGUCAGACACUUCAUGACAUAUGUUUUCAUACGAAUGUGUCUCUUCAGUCUGUGAACUAUAUAUAACAUUUUACACGUGACAUCAGGAAAUGACUGUAUCUACUAGGUACUGUGACUACUGCUGACGCUAUUCUACGUAUUAAAUUUGCUCUGCUGUAGCCACAAAACACGUCUGUGAAUUUAGAGGCACUGCCAUGGAAAUGAAUUUCUGGAUGUCAGGGAAUGUUUUCAUGGUUGUGGACUUUAAGUUCACAGUGUAACUGUUAUCUGACACACAACAACUUGGCAGAGGUCAAACUGACGAAGACAAAAGCAAAGACAGAUUUCUGGUAAUGGGACACUUUCUUACAGGAUAAGGCUUUUGUUAGUUUCUCAUUAUGCUCUCCAGCCUUGAUACUCUCUCUGUGGCACUCAGCACAAAGACAGUUAAUGUUUUUCUGAGGUUGUAAGUCAAAAAGUGAAACAAAAGUGUUUACAAAUAUAUAUUUUAUGAUUUAUGGCUCUGUAAUUUUCCCAAGUAUCGAUGACUCAAACUUUAGAGGAGGAAGUAAUACAUUUUCUUGAGACAAUUUUCAGCUGCAUAGUAGUACACAUUAGAUACUCCAGUGAGUAAGUGAGUGAUUUGUGGCUGCAGGAUGGUGUACGUGUGCAACAGUGUGGCUCAUCAAUAGUUUCUGAGAAACAAUGAAUAUGAUACACACACACUGCACUUGUUAGUGGACCCAUUUGUUGUUGCUUUUGGUCUUGACAAUAAGAAAUAAGAGAAACUAUCAUCAGCCUUAUCCUCUCAUCCAAAAUGUGUGCUGAGCCAAAACCACAGUGGAGGUACUUUAUUUGCGCAGAUUUUUGCACUUUCUAAAUAUAUAUCACUGUUUAAAAGUAUGUAAAAAGUUUUGUUGCGUUUAUCUGUGAAGCUGCUGUUGGAUUUCAGUCAUUUUCUAAGCAGUUUUUACACUGGGAUGUUAAGAAAUCUUUGCUGUCAUGAAUUCUCGAAACACGCGAUAUGCGGAUGACAUUACUCUCUACGUUUCUGUUGUAAUCAAAGGACGCUGGGUUCAUUCACAACAAUAAAAGCAUUUUACCCCAA